CCUCUAUACCCAGGUAAAGCACGCCUCAACGGUCUCAUAUUGACACAAAUCAUCCAUAUCCGAUUGUUGCGGCAACAGCAAUUGAAACGAGACGCUCCUUCGGCCAAACAUUAUAUCAACUUCCCCGCGCCUUAUCUCCUCUCGGGAUAAUUCAAGUAAUUCAAAAGUCCAAAAAAAAUGGCUUCAUCCAAUUCCAAACCCAAGGUUCUCCUCCUGGGAAAGAUCAUCCAUGCACAUACAACAUGGCAGUCUCUAAAUGACAUCGCCGAGCUUGUCUCACCAACCGCAACUAAUCGCGCCGACUUCAUCCAAGAAUGCAAAGACGGCAAGCUUGACGGCGUAGUCGCCGCAUACCGGACCUUCGACUCCGUAACCAUCACCGGGCUCGUAGAUGAGGAAUUGGUGAAUGUCCUGCCAAGCUCGCUGAAGUACCUGGCUCACUGCGGUGCCGGAUACGACCAGGUCGAUGUCCACGCCUGCAGCGCCCGCACACCCCCCAUCCGUGUCUCGAAUGUCCCGACGGCCGUCGACGACGCCACGGCUGACGUUAACAUGUUCCUGAUCAUCGGUGCCCUCCGCAACUUCAACACGGGUAUGCUAGCCCUGCGCGAAGGCAAAUGGCGCGGACAACCGGCCCCUAUCUUGGGCCAUGACCCCGAGGGCAAGGUGCUAGGGAUCCUGGGAAUGGGCGGUAUUGGCCGGAAUCUAAAGAAGAAGGCCGAGGCAUUUGGCAUGAGCGUCAUCUACCAUAAUCGACGGCAGUUGACGGAGGACUUAGCCGGCGGCGCCGAGUAUGUGACGUUUGAUGAGUUGCUGGCGAAGAGUGACGUGAUCAGUUUGAACUUGCCCCUGAAUAAUAACACCCGCCACAUCAUUGGCAAGCCUGAAUUCGACAAGAUGAAGGACGGCGUCGUCAUCGUGAACACUGCCCGUGGCGCCAUCAUAGAUGAAGCAGCUCUCGUUGACGCCCUAGAUAGCGGCAAGGUCUACUCCGCUGGCCUUGAUGUCUUCGAGGAAGAGCCCAAGAUUCACCCCGGUCUUGUCCGGAAUCCUAAUGUGAUGCUGGUACCACAUAUGGGCACCUGGACUGUUGAGACUCAAACUGCCAUGGAAGAAUGGGCUAUUGAAAAUGUGCGCUUGGCCCUUGAAGCUGGGAAGCUGAAGAGCCCGGUUCCUGAACAGGCUGAUCUAUAGAUUUGUUACUUUUCCCCUUCCUUGGAUUUCAAUUGAGUUUGUGCAUGAAAUUAUAGAGCUCGAAAGUCCGGUCCCGUCGGUAUA